GUGGCCACCUUGCAAUUAUACCAGAUUGUAGAAACUCAAGCCUUCAUUCAAACUAAAGGAGCUGCUUACAAGAAAGCAAGGAAAUGGAUGACACGCAAUAAUUAUGCUUACAUUGAUGCAGUGAAGACAUCAGAUGGAACUGGUUGGGAAUGGAGCACAACACAUGACAAGUUUUACUUCAAAACAACUCGACGUGGAUAUGGUGGGCCUACUAUUAACUAUGGAAAGUACAACAACUGGCAUUUGUACAGUCCAAACAAUGAAAAUACAUCAGUUAUUGGAUCUGAGCUUGAAAAAUUCUCUUGGAGUUGGCAAUCCGUAUCUGCCUCAACUGUGGCUCAUUAUAUCUGUCAGAUUACAGCCAUGUCAGAAUACUACAAGGGAAGCUAUUUCUUUUUUAUGGCACAAGUUGUGAAUCACGCUGGCGCAAAAUCCACAUGUGUUGAAUUGGGUGGCCACCUUGCAAUUAUACCAGAUGCAGAAACUCAAGCCUUCAUUCAAACUAAAGGAGCUGCUUACAAGAAAGCAAGGAAAUGGAUGACAAGCAAUAAUCAUGCUUACAUUGAUGCAGUGAAGACAUCAGAUGGAACUGGUUGGGAAUGGAGCACAACACAUGACAAGUUUUACUUUAAAACAACUUCACGUGGAAUUCAUGGUCCUCAUAUAAAUAAUGGGAAGUACAACAACUGGCAUAUUUAUAGACCAAACUACAUUGGAAAUUACGCAGUUAUUGUGUCUAAUUAUGGAAAGUACUCUUGGAGCUGGAAUUCUGUCUCAGCCGAAACUAUGGCUCAUUACAUAUGUCAAGUUAGAGCUAAAUUCGAAUACUUCAAUGCAAACUUGUUUCAUUUUUCCCCACAAACUGUAAAUCACGCUGCUGCAAAAUCAACAUGUGUUGAAUUGGGUGGUCACCUUGCAAUUAUACCAGAUGCAGAAACUCAAGCCUUCAUUCAAACUAAAGGAGCUGCUUACAAGAGUGAAGGGAAAUGGAUGAUAAACAAUAAUAAUGCUUGGAUUGAUGCAGUGAAGACAUCAGAUGGAACUGGUUGGGAAUGGAGCACAACGCAUGACAAGUUUUACUUUAAAACAACUCCACGCGUAUAUGGUGAUUCUAACAUAUUAAAUGGGAGGUACAGCAACUGGCAUAUCCACAGUCCGUACAAAGGAAAUAAAUCCGCAAUGGGGUCUAACCUUGGCUAUUAUUAUUCUUGGAGUUGGCAAUCUGUAUCUGCCUCAACUGUGGCUCAUUAUAUCUGUCAAAUUACAGCCAUGUCAGAAUACUACAAGGGAAGUUAUUUCAUUUUUGUGGCACAAGUUGUGAAUCACGCUGAUGCAAAAUCAACAUGUGUUGAAUUGGGUGGUCACCUUGCAAUUAUACCAGAUGCAAAAACUCAAACUUUUAUUCAAACUAAAGGAGAAGCUUACAAGAAAGCAAGAAAAUGGAUGACAAGCAAUAAUGAUGCUUACAUUGAUGCAGUGAAGACAUCAGAUGGAACUGGAUGGGAAUGGAGCACAACACAUGACAAGUUUUACUUUAAAACAACUCCACGUGGAAAGGGUUCAUCCAUGGUAAAUGGCAAAUACAACAACUGGCAUAUCUACAAUCCAAACAAGGGAGAUUAUGGAAUGACAAGUUCAUAUUCUGAUGCUUUUAUUUGGAGAUGGAGAUCAACCUAUCCAUUAUUCAUAGCUCAUUAUAUCUGUCAGUUUAGAGUAAAAAGCACAAAACUUGUUGCAUCCAAAUCUACUUUGAAUGUAAAAUAUGGAGAAGAUUUUGUUCUUUGUUCGUCGAACACAAACCUUGGACCUCUUGUGUCUUGGAGGAUAAACUCACGAGAUGUUUCAACAAACGCAAAUGACCGAGUUUAUCAAAUAAUUACCCAGCCUUCACUGGUUGGGGUUUCUACAUCACGUUUGUAUUUAACUCGUGGUUUGCAUCGGAAUUCUGGUGUUUAUACUUGCAAUGCUACUUCCCUUGAACAAUCUGCUGUAACUAAUGUGACAAUUGACAAGCGACCAAGGUUACUUGAAAUUAAAUCAUCACCACUAACCUACACAUUUAUCGGUGAAACUUUGCCCAAUGUUCAUUGGGAAGUUAAUGGUGUCACAGUUGAACAAGGAAUCUCAUUCAUAACUAACACAAUGUUGAAUACACAUGAAGUGUCAAGCCAAGUUUCUAACUUAUUAAUAUUUGGAAGUACAGAUGUUGUUUCAUGUUGGGCAAAUACUUCAGAUGGUUCUUCAAACUUAAUAUCUAAAACUGGAUUUUCAGAUGCUCCAAGCUCAGCCAUCACUUCCUCACCUGGUGGUUGCCCUGGUAACCAACUGCAAAUUAACUGGACAGAUAUUACCAAAACCAGUGGUAACAUUAUAUACAAUGUGAGCAUUACUAGUUCAAGUCUAACCUACACGAAAACUGUCAAUCAAACAUCAACAAGUGACAACAAAUAUUCAAUCACUUUUGAUAACUUGACACCAAGGACGGAAUAUAACAUUGAGGUAGAUUUUUUCCCAAGGUUCACUGAAGCAAGCAAACAAGUUGAAUUAUCAACCACAUCUACAACACAAUGCAAACUGAACACAUCUUAUGCUAUAAGCUGCACCAACAAAUUGUUGGCCAAUGGAGAUACAUACAGAUUUCAGGUUGUGACUUUAACUCCAGCUGACGGAAUUUACUUGACACAAACUAGUCAUCCAAUUGUUACAACCCUAUCUGCAAGUUACAGUACAAUCAUAAUAGCAAGUGCAGUUGGAGGCGUGUGCAUAUUGAUUGCUCUAAUAGUUGCUAUUGUAAUAUACAAGAAGAAAAGAGGUAAUUUAGAAACACAAGGGAAAUCACAAAGGGUUAAGUUUGUUCAACCAAACAAUGCAUUUCAACAAGAUGAUACAAACUAUCAAGAAGCAUACGUCAACAUGGAUCAGAAUUUCCAACAAGAAACAACGUCACAAAACCCACUGAAUAAAAGUUAUAUAACCCAAGAUGGGUAUGUGGACAUGCACAUUCUAAAUCCUGAACUAAACAUCCCCACCAACAACCUGCUGAACAGAUACAGGAACAUGCUGGCUUUUAAUGAAGCUGCUUUUAAGAAGCAAUUUCAGGAACUGGCAACAGCAACAAAGAAAAUUAAACUUCAGAAAACAUUUGCUGAAAAAACAGAAAACCACAAGAAAAAUAGAGACAAGAACACUUUACCAUAUGAUUGUACAAGAGUUAAGCUGAAAGGAAAUUCUGGAUAUUCAUAUUAUAGUUUAUAACUCAGCACUUUAAAUUUCAGGGAUAUUCUCAGGAGCAUAAAUUCAUAUCAACCCAAGGUCCACUGGAUCGAACAGCUGGAGAUUUCUGGAGGAUGGUUUGGGAACAAGAGUGCUUGGUUAUUGUUAUGCUUACUAAUACUGUGGAAGCUGGCAAGGCGCUGUGUACAAAAUACUGGCCAGACCUCGGAAAACGUUGCACAUAUGAUGGUUACUGUGUCGAAACUGUAGAAGAGGUGGAUUACGGCUCAUACAUAGUAAGGACAAUCAACAUUGAAGAAAUCAACAAUCAAUAUACAACGGUAUUGCGAAAGUUACAGCAUUUUCAGUACACAGAAUGGUCGGGUGAUGAUGUGGCUUUGUUCACAUCAAGUUUCAUUCAAAUGCAAAGGAGAGUUAACGCUGCUUGGUCGAGUCUUUUUGAUGGGAAACUUUUUCCCAUGGUGGUGCAUGGCAGUGGUGGAUCAGGUCGUUGUGGGUUGUUUGUAGGAUUCAAUAUUUUACUUGAUGAAAUGGAAUCAAAGGAUCAAGUCAAUGUAUUCAGGACUGUUCUUAACAUGAGAAAGCAAAGAAUGGGCAUGGUCCAGAACAUGAAACAGUAUAUCUUCCUGCAUAAAGUCAUAAGUGAAUGUUAUGCACUUGGAAACACUGGGUUGGAGUAAGAACACACAAAAACAUUUCAACAUAUUUUACAAUUUGUAUAAAAAUCACAUGUGCAUUUUGAUUGAUCAUAUUUUCAUAUACAUAUUAAUGAAUGAAUGAAU